CGGUUGUUGUUGGAUAGUGCGAGUGCAUCGUUGUGGACUUUGCAUCGUGGUUCAUGUUUAUCAUCUAUUAAAUUUCCUAAGUAUUUUUCUCUCCACACUAAACGUUAUAUUGGCGAUUGGACUGAUAAAAAUAAAAAAAUGGCACGAGAUCCAGCAUCCGAACAAUUAAAUCAAUACAAAGAGAAAGUACAGGACAAGCCACCUGUUUUAUUAACUGGAAAUGGAGCUCCUAUUGCUAAUAAAACAGCAAGUCUUACGGUGGGGCCAAGGGGGCCAUUACUCCUCCAAGAUUUUGUGUACUUAGAUGAAAUGUCGCAUUUUGAUAGAGAAAGAAUUCCAGAAAGAGUAGUUCACGCUAAAGGAGCUGGUGCUUUCGGUUAUUUUGAGGUCACUCAUGACAUUACACAGUAUACAACAGCUAAAGUAUUUUCUAAAAUUGGGAAAAAAACUCCUGUAGCCGUUCGAUUUUCAACUGUCGGCGGAGAAAGUGGAUCAGCAGAUACCGUGAGAGAUCCUAGAGGGUUUGCCGUUAAAUUUUAUACUGAAGAAGGAAUAUGGGAUCUUGUUGGAAACAAUACCCCGAUAUUUUUCAUAAAAGAUCCAUUACUGUUCGCAAGUUUUAUCCAUACACAAAAAAGAAAUCCGGUAACUCAUUUAAAGGAUAUGGAUAUGUUUUGGGAUUUCAUUUCACUUCGACCUGAAUCAACUCAUCAAACUAUGAUAUUAUUCAGUGAUCGUGGUAUUCCUGACGGUUAUCGCCACAUGAAUGGAUACGGCUCACAUACUUUUAAACUUGUCAAUAAGGACAAGGAGUUUGUCUACUGCAAAUUUCAUUAUAAGACCGAUCAAGGUAUCAAAAAUAUCGUUGCUGAAAAAGCUGCAGAAAUAAGUUCACAAGAUCCAGAUUACAGUAUCAGAGAUUUGUACAAUGCGAUUGCAAAAAAAAAUUUUCCUUCAUGGACAUUCUAUAUCCAAGUAAUGACCCAGCAACAGGCUGAUAAAUUACAAUGGAAUCCGUUUGAUUUAACUAAGGUAUGGCCUCACAAAGAGUAUCCUCUUAUUCCUGUUGGAAAGCUAGUAUUAGAUAAAAAUCCAACAAAUUAUUUCGCUGAUGUCGAACAAAUGGCCUUUGAUCCUGCACACAUGGUACCAGGUAUCGAGCCAAGCCCAGAUAAAAUGCUUCAAGGUCGUCUAUUUGCUUAUGGAGACACUCACAGACAUCGUCUUGGACCGAAUCACCUUCAAAUUCCUGUAAAUUGUCCUUACAAAACUAUCUCAACGAUGAACUAUCAGCGUGAUGGCUUGAUGACGAUGCACAAUCAGAAUGGAGCUCCGAACUAUUAUCCUAAUAGCUUCAAGGGACCUGAAGUAUGUCCUGCAGUAAAGUCGCUACCCUUUAGUGUAUUUAGUGAUGUUGAUCGCUACGAGCCUGUUGAUGAAGAUGAUUUUAGCCAAGUUACUAAUUUUUGGCAAAAAGUACUUGAUACAAACGCUAAGACUCGACUUGUCAAUAAUAUGGUUGCAAGCCUUUCAGGAGCUUCAACUUUUAUCAUCGAACGCGCUGUUAGAAAUUUUUCUCAAGUCGAUGUUCAUCUCGGCCAGCAAUUAACAGAAGGAUUGCGAAAGGCGGGAAAAAUAAUUAAUAUUUCUGGAAAGGGUGCAAACUUAUAAAUUAUUUGAUUGUUUUGAGAUAUGAUUUCAUACAUCAUCAAUAUUUUUGAUAUAAUUCACACUUAUUGUCAUACAAAUUUUCAUAUACAUGCAUGUAAUUAUACAAAUAAAAUAAUGCACUCGUUGUUGAA